GUGAAGAAGGUCCUGAACAAGGGCAUCAUCAUCACCAUCUCACCGGGGGUUGAGGGUUUCGCGCACGUCUCGAAGCUGCGCGAGGGCUACGUGGGUCAUCCCAGUGAGGUGGUUGCUGAGGGGGACGAGGUUCGAUGCUGGGUCAUCCGACACACAAGCAACAACCUGGAGCUCACGCUGCGGGAAGUUGGAGACAAGGACCUCAUGCGCGAUUUCAAGAUAGGGCAGCAGCUCGACGGCACUGUUGUGGCUGUUUGCAACGCAGGCGCCGAUGUGAACAUUGGGGCUGCCAAGUACGCGUUCCUCCACAAGAGCCAGAUAGCGGACAAGAAAUGGGUCAACGAUGCACGCGAGUUUCUGCAGAAGGGCGACAAGGUAAAGGUGUGGGUUAAGACCAAAGACUCCAGAAAGAAGAACCUCAGACUUACGAUGAUUGAGAGCCAGCUGGAGCGCAAAGCCAUUGCCAAGGGCCUCAA